AUGGACAAUUUUCCACCGGAAGUGCAGCAUAUUUUGGCACCCGCCUCCGGCAUUCUUUCGGCAACGCAACUUACUCAGAUGGCUGAUCGUCUUAUGGAGAUGCACGGCUUUUCCAAGCCGUCACUUUCAGCUCUCUCAACUCCCUCAACUCAUCCUACGCCUCUCCUUUCACAGUUGGAGAUCGAGCUCAGCAGGCUGGCCGAUGAUAUAGCUUCACUCCAGAAGCAGACAGUCUCCCCCUCAUGUCGGAGCCAACCGAAACCGUCCACCCCGCAUCUCCACUCUUCACAUUCAACCCGUCCAAACGCAGCUGCCAUCUGCUGGUACCACACCACCUUCGGCGUUAAAGCCCGUCGCUGCAUCUCUCCCUGCUCCUUCACCUCCAAGCGGAGCAAACGGGUGAAACCGGUCAGCACGAAGAUCAGUGCAGCCAAUCAUCCCGACACCUCUUUCGGCUCUGGUCGCACCUUCUAUGUUUGUGACACUGCGACUCGCAGACGUUUUCUGGUGGACACUGGAGCCCAAAUCAGCGUGGUUCCCCCAACUGCAGCUGAUCGCCGUUUUCCCAGCCCAGGUCUUCAUCUCCAAGCUGUCAACUGUUCCCCAAUUCCCACUUUUGGCAGUAUGUCCCUCACCCUGAACAUUGGCCUUCGUCGGUCAUUCACUUGGAACUUUGUGAUUGCUGAUGUCCCUCAUGCAAUCCUCGGCUCGGAUUUCCUUGCCGCAUUCGAUCUCCUUGUUGACUGCCGACGUGCCCGUCUCCUCGACCGCACUACCGGUCUGUUUGUCCGUGGACUAACUCCAUUUACUGCCCCCACCAACUUAUCUGUCCUGGAUACAGAUAUUGGUAGUCCUUUUCGGCAACUGCUGCUUAGCCACCCCAACAUAAUUAACCCCCAGUUUCGCAGUGGUGAGGUUCAACAUGAUGUUGUGCACCAUAUCCGCACCCCAGGUCCUCCCGUAUUUGCUUGACCGAGACGACUAAUACCGGAGCGUUUUCAGGCCGCGAAGGCGGAGUUGGAACACAUACUGCAACUGGGAAUAAUCCGACCGUCCGACAGCCCUUGGGCGUCCCCACUGCACAUGGUGCCCAAGGCGACAUCAGGCGACUGGCGACCCUGUGGCGACUAUCGAACUCUCAACAGCGCUACCAUUCCUGAUCGGUACCCCGUGCCUCAUCUUCAGGACUUUGCUGGAGCCCUUUUCGGCAAAGCGGUUUUCUCGAAGAUUGAUCUGGUGCGUGCUUUUCAUCAGAUUCCAGUCGCCCCUGAGGACAUCCCUAAAACCGCCGUCACCACACCAUUCGGUCUGUUCGAGUUCGUCCGCAUGCCCUUCGGUCUACGUAAUGCCGCCCAAACGUUCCAGAGGUUCAUCGACCAUGUUUAA